AUGAGGAGGACACCCGCAGCACCUGCAGGAAGCACAUCAUCAUCUGCAAUCCAGGGAGCAACCGCGCCAAUAACACCUUCCAGAGCUUCUCGCAACACCACCAAAUCACCGUCGAAGACCGCAACACCAGCAGCACAAUCGAGACGAGCCCCGGCCAAAUUAGCUUCAAACAAGACUAAGCCAAAAGCCACACCGGCGACCAAAACACCUACGACCACUAGUCGCGCGAAGGCAACGCCAAUCGCCAGAACAAAGGACGACAAAGGCGAGGAAGAUGGGGAACUACAGAAGACAUCUGACAGUAAUCAGACAUCCGAGAACGAGAAAGCUGAAACAAGGACGAGGAGAUCAAAGCCUUUGGAUAUUGGUGUGAGCGACGACGCAUCAGAGGACGAAUCGGUGAACCCGCCGAGAGCGGAAGCUGCGCCAACUCCAAAGAGGAAGAGGAAGGCAGUGGCGGUUGAAGACAAGCCGUACGUUGAUGAGGAAGAAACCGACGAAGAAGAUGCAGAGCUCGUAGUAUCAAAGACUCCAGUCCGCAAACGGAAGACCAAGCCUUUCGACGACCAAGCCUACAGAUAUGAAGGAGAAGAUUCCGAUGACGAUGAUGACGAUGAUGACGAUGAUGACGAGGAACUUGAUGAUGAUGUCCCGGGGGAUUUGCCAGUCAACCGAAUCCGAAGAAUUCAUCUCAAAGUCGAUCUAGAGAGACACAAGCAGUAUAUGCAAAUGCAUGCUGAGAGACGAGCCCGUGCAUCCCCCACAAAUUCAAGCUCCUCGUCGGCAUCUGGAUCGCCGCAAUCUCCUAGCACAUCAACUUCUUCAAAAUGCUCCUCUAGAUCCGCUCGGCGGCAAAGCACCGGUCCGCCCCUGAAGCGUCAACGAAUGGUAUCGCCCACAGUGGCCGACCCCUCGGACCCUAGUAGCAGCACUGCUCAAAUGAACACUGUGGAUCCCAAUGAUCCCCUCUUCGCCGCGGAGCGACUAUUUGAAAACAUCGAAAAGAUACCAAGGGCACUAGAUCUCGACGAAAUCGGUGCUCUCUUCAUGAUUCUGCAAGAGAAGAUCUCACGCUUUUGCAACGCCCAUUUCGAUUUCGACCUCACCGCUGAGCAAGAGAAGGCGUGGCCCAUGCACCUUUUGGCCACGAAGUACCUGUCGCUGAUGCUGAUAACACAAAGAAUUGCAGACGGGAGCGAGUAUGGUUGGCAGAAUUUCUUCACAAAGCGGGAAUACCGACGGCAUCUCGUGCACGGUAUCAUCGGCGAAUGGUUUCAGCAACGCAUCUUCAAACACACCGGUUUCAGCCUUCCGGAGGAAAAGAUACGCGAACUCGAAAAAAUCGACCGCAAGUUUCUCCACUACGACGCCUUUGUGCGUAAUAAGAAGAAGGCCGAGUGUCUAGAGGAGCUGAAAUUCGACGAAGAUUACUUUCCGAGCGAGGAGUUCCCCAAAAUCUUUGAGCAUAUGGACAACCUAGAAAUUGCGGCUCGGAGAAUGGCUACCAACCUGCUCAGGGUUUUGGAGCCGCUCCUCCCACCUCCAUACUUUGACCCAAUCCGUCCGCGAUGGAGACAGCCGUUGAGGCUCCGGGAGCAAGGAGACGAAGUCCGCCUUCAGAUCUGGUUCCAGCUCAUUGAGUUGAUCAGAAUGGCAGGCAGUCUGCACCUUUGCAUGCGUUUUGCUGGCGCAAACGGACUCGUCGUGCGCAUCGCACCACACGUACCCAAGGGCACCAGAUUGCGGCGAGACGAUGUGGAGAACAACAUCUGCGUGAAUGCCAGCGCGUUGAAUGCGAAGAGUGCUCAAUCUCGAAAGGCAAACGACGAGUUAGAGGUCAAGAUGACCUGCUUUGGGCGAGUCGAGGCCGUCGUGCCGAAUGGCCUCGACGUGCUCGAACUCGAACAAGCACAGGCAGCAGCCCGAGCAGAAGGGAGAGAGCUCACCCGCGAAGAAGCCGAACAGAACCUUUUCAACCCGUAUCCGUACGAUUUGCAAGAGACGGACGCUGCAAAGGACGCCGUUGCGGAUCGGCCACCGAUUCCCGGAACAGAGUGGUCCACCGCGCUCCUCAAGGCUGGCAUUGAGGAGGCUCGCGCCAAAAGAUACGGGCGUGACCUCGCAGAAGACGACAGGAUCGAGCAAGGAAACCCUAAAAGUGGUGCGUUCGUCACCAUCUAUCCCAGAGUCGCUCCUUCGAACCUCUUCUGCGAGUGGGUCUCUUCCUCCGAGGACCAACAAUUCCCACGCAUCGGAGACGCAGCGCCGCAACCAUCCGCUCAGACCCUCGCCGAAGCCGUCGCGGAAGCACGCCGCCGAAAAUACAUCUCGUGCUUCCUCGAAGACGCCGCUCUCAAGGUCUGGAACACUGUUUCGGCACGCGAGUUUCUUGAGUGGCUGGUGCUUGCCGGUGGCAUCGCCAGCGUCAGCGUUCUUACGGCCCCGUGGGUCAGGAACGCGGUCGAGAGCGUCAAUUGGACAGAGCGGUCGAUAGACGUCGGGAUGGAUGUCCAAGCCUGCGCCGUCCGUGCCUUGUCUGUCAUGGGAAGCUGGCAGAGCGCGCUCCAGGAUGCCUCGGCGUACGUAUCCCAACUUGUCGCGCCGACUGCUGCAAGUACUACCGUAACCGUCACAUCGCUUGCAACGGACUGGACUACAACGACGACGACGACGACGACGACUAGGCAAGUCGAUGAUCCGACCGAUGCGGAUCAGCUGAUGGAAGACGUCUCUCCUCCUACUACUUUUCACACCACCACUGCAGCCGCUCCCUCCGAUCCUUUUUCCGAAUAUCUCGAAGGACUCACGAGCAUAUCUCGCCGAACCAUCGCGCGCGACGACCCUGAGUUCGCCAUGGUUGCGAGCCUGUUCAGCGAGCAGAUGGGUUUCGUCCAGGCUGAAACCAAGACUCAGUCACCGCCCGAGCCAGAACCCACCCCGUCCCCUACAGCCAGACGCUCAAAGGUGCUUUGA